GAGAAUUAACAUUUUCCCCAACAAAGCCGAAGAAAAGAAGCCACAACUCACCAGCGAAGGAAGAGCUUCUUAGUCUCUCUCUCUCCCCCGUCCACUGCACCAAUCACAAACCCCACAAGUCUCGGCAUAAACCCCUCUCUCUCUCCUCCCUCCCUCUCUAAAAUUCUUCAACAAUGCCAGCUUCCGCAGAGACUCGCAACAGGUGGAGGAAGAGAAAGAGAGAGCCCCAAGUCAGCCGAAGGCAAAAGCCCCAAGACGAAGACGACGACGAGGAAGAAGACGAAGAUGACCUCGAACACCAGCAACAACACGAAUUCGACGAUGACCAACCCAAUCCCCAGUCGGGUUCGAACCGAGUCUCCGAUCCACCCCCAAUCGGCCGUGAAAGCGAGGUAUUGUCGGGCGGUGGGGUUCGAAUCUCCGACUUCCCUCCGGCGAUCAAGCACGUAGUGAAUCGUCCCCACUCGUCCGUGUUGGGAAUUGUGGCUUUGGAGAGGGCGAUUCAGUGCGGAGAGAGUAGGAGUCAGCAGAGCGCCGUCGUUUUGGAGAACAUAUCGUACGGGCAGGUCCAGGCGUUGUCCGCCGUGCCCGCGGAUAGUCCGGCGUUGGCGGUGGGUGAGCCGGAGAGAGCUGAUGGGUCAUCUGGGGCGGCGUUUGUUAUUACGCCGCCAGCAAUUAUGGAAGGUCGGGGCGUUGUGAAGCGGUUCGGGAGUGAUCGAGUUCAUGCUGUGCCAAUGCAUGCAGAUUGGUUUUCACCCAAUACAGUGCAUAGAUUGGAGAGACAAGUAGUGCCACAUUUUUUCUCGGGCAAGUCAGCAGACCAUACACCGGAAAAAUACAUGAAAUGUCGGAAUGGAAUUGUUGCUAAAUACAUGGAAAAUCCAGAGAAGAGGCUAUCAGUUGCUGAUUGCCAUGGGGUGGUAGGUGGUGUUGAUAAUGAUGACUUAACUCGAAUUGUUCGCUUUCUAGAUCACUGGGGAGUCAUUAAUUACUGUGCUGCUGCUCUGAAUCAUGAGCCUCGGAAUGAUGGAUCAUAUUUGAGGGAGGAUUCAAAUGGCGAGGUUCAAGUGCCAUCGGCUGCUUUAAAGUCUAUCGAUAGCUUGAUACAAUUUGACAGGCCAAAAUGCCGGCUCAAGGCGGAGGAUCUUUAUCCAUCAUUGUCAUGUCAAGGUGAUGAGCUUUCUGAUCUGGACAGCAGAAUCAGAGGACGAUUAUCUGAAAGCAGAUGCAAUUAUUGUAAUCAGCCCGUGCCCAUUGUGUUCUAUCAGUCACAAAAGGAGGUUGAUAUACUACUAUGUGUGGAUUGCUUCCAUGAGGGAAGAUUUGUUAUUGGUCAUUCAAGCAUAGACUUUUUCAGGGUUGAUUCCACAAAUGACUAUACUGAUCUGGACGGGGAAAGUUGGAGUGACCAGGAAACACUACUACUGCUUGAGGCAAUGGAAAUCUACAAUGAGAACUGGAAUGAAAUUGCGGAGCAUGUUGGUACCAAGUCAAAAGCACAGUGCAUCCUUCACUUUAUCCGUCUUCCCAUGGAGGAUACCCCUCUGGAAAAUAUUGAAGUUCCAAGCAUACCCAUCUCCUCAAAUUUGUCAAGGACGGGUGAUUCUGGAAGAUCACGUUCAAGUGCAAAUGGGGAUUCAGCAGGAUCCUGCCUCCAAGACCCUGAUCCUGAAAGCAGGCUCCCGUUUGCCCAGUCUGGAAAUCCGGUUAUGGCCCUGGUUGCCUUUUUGGCCUCUGCUGUGGGACCAAGAGUUGCCGCAGCUUGUGCCCAUGCAUCCUUGGCGGCACUGUCUGAGGACAGUGGCUUAGCUGCUUCUAAAAGUAUUACACAGAUGGAAGGAUCUGGGUUUGGUAAUAGGGAAGGGAAUUAUCGUGGAGAACUUACCAAUUCAAGUCAGCAAAAAGAAGAAAGCUCAGUAGUUCAAGGGCCAUGUAAUGUAGAUGAAGGGGAUGUUACUCCAUUAUCUGCUGAAAAAGUGAGCGCUGCGGUCAAAACUGGACUUUCUGCUGCAGCAACAAAGGCAAAAUUGUUCGCGGAUCAUGAAGAACGUGAAAUUCAAAGGCUAUCUGCUAAUAUUAUAAAUCAUCAGUUGAAAAGGUUAGAGCUAAAGCUGAGGCAGUUUGCAGAAGUGGAGACCUUGUUAAUGAAAGAGUGUGAACAGGUGGAGAGAGCAAGGCAGAGAAUUGCUGCUGAGCGGAUCCGCAUGAUAUCAACUCAGUAUGGACCUGCUGGAGUAACUCCAUCAACGAGCCUACCAGGUGUUGGUCCUGCUAUGGUUAAUAGCAGUGGCAGCAAUAGGCAACAAGUCAUCUCAGGCUCACCCUCACCCUCACAGCCAUUCGUUUCUGGGUAUGGCAACAAUCAAUCAAUUCAUCCUCGCAUGCCCUUCAUGUCACAGCGGCCCAUGUAUGGAAUUGGGCCGCGGCUGCCUCUUUCAGCUUUACACCCAUCCUCGUCGGCUCCUCCUAAUGUAAUGUUUGAUGCUGCGGCAAGUGCCCAGCCUGUUCCCAAUCAUCUGAUGUCGAGGCCGGUACCAGGGACUAGCCCUGGUCCAGGUUGAAAAUUACAGAAAGUGAUUCAGCCUUGGAAUUUUGUGGUUUAUUGAGUUAAAAUUUUCUUUCUCCGCAUGAAGGGAAGAAAAUAGAAUCAUAAGGGUAAGCUGUGAAAUUUUUGUCUCCCUCACAUUCUCAACUUUUGAUCUGGAUAGGAGCCACUGGGGACAGUAUGGAAUGCAGCCAAGAAUGCAGCUGGGAUCGAUCACGAAAUGAAUCAGCUUUUUUCAAGCAAGGGAGGUUCCAUCAACGGGUUGGUUCAUGCACCACCGUCUUCAUUUUUUUCGUACGAUCAUUUUCAUUGUGAUCUUUUAACCUGUAAAGAUGAGGAAGAUAACUUGACCAGGAUGCUAAACUGUUGUUAUCUUGCUGUACAGAUAAUGUCAUGUGCAAGGAACUUUAGAAUAAUCAAGGUCCAUUUGAUGGUUUUAAUAUUUAUUCCGUUCGCCACGAAAAAUCUUCUUUCCAUGAAGCUAAUCAUUCUUCUCCUAGGGUGCAGGUGAGUUAGGAUGUGUUGAGAAGCAUCAGUUCUAAUUCACAGUUGAGUGAGUUUUCACUUAUAUCUCUUCUUGUUCUCUCAUACUGGACUCUGCUAAUUUGAUUCAUAGUCAUAUGUAAACCUCACUUGAUGGUCCUUCAACUUGUUCCAAUGAGCAAAGUUACUAUUUUUCUAGA